UCCUUAUCAUUAUUCAAUGGAUGAGCCACCACCGUUUUCAUCACCCCCUCGGCUUUCUCGCGGUUCAAAUUAUCAUGCAAAAAUGCAAUCCCAAAGGCGAGUAAGCCAUGCAAAUCUAGAAUCCCAUAUCAUAAAAAGAAUAACAUUAAAUUUCUUUCGUUAAUUAUACAAACAUUAGAACCUGAAACGAACCUUCAAAACCAAUUUCCUCUGUAAAGACCGGCAAACCCAAAAUCCAAAAGAACAAAAAGAAAGGAAGAAAUAAGAAACACUAAGUUUUCAUUUCGAACAUGUGAAAUGUCUUUUACGGAGAACACUUAAGAGAGUAAAAGGAAACUCAUCAAGCCAAGAGUUUUUUUUUUUUUUUUUGAAAUUUUCUCUAUCAUUUUUAUCGAUUGAUGAAGCAGCGUUAUCAACGGCAGAGGAUUCUGAUCCUCUCUUUGUUAUCUUUCUCUUUGUUUGCUCCAAUCGUCUGGCUGUCUCCGAAACUCAAAACUCUCAAUUCCAUAGGACUGUACGAGGUUAGAGAGGAUUUGGCCAGUGUUAAAUAUAGGACAGAUGAUUUUAAGUUGAAUGCAAUUGAACAGAAACGUGCCGAGGACUUAAAAGGGCCAAAACUAAUUGUCUUGAAUGAGAAUGAGUUUAGUUCCGUAGGUAGUCGCAGUUCUGAUGAGAAUCCUGAUUCAAAUCAAUCUAAGGUUGCUCAAGAUGUGUCCAAAUUGUUAGCAACAAAUGAUUCAGAAACUAAUGAUGAAGGCAAAGGUGGGUAUCAAAUUCAGCAAAAGAAAAUGCCAAUAAUGUCAAGGAAACAGGAGCAAUUCAAUCAAGAAGCAGGUAGACAUCAUAGAAACUCGCAAUCUCAGUCCCAUAGGGUAAAGGAUAAGAAGCUAAAGAAGAUAAGUUAUCAGCUCAGUAGAGCAAAAGCGUAUUUAAGUCUUGCAUCACCAAGUACUCACCCUGAAUUGGAAAAAGAACUGAGAAUGCGAAUCAAAGAGGGGGAACUAGCAGUUGGUAAAGCUAGCAAGGAUUCAGAAUUGCCAAGGAGUGCAUCGCAGAAAAUUAGAUCUAUGGAGGUUUUGUUGGCCAAAGCAAAUCAUGCAUUCACUGACUGCUUUGAAAUAGCUGAAACCCUUCGUGCCAUGGCUAAUGAUACUGAAGAACAGGUUCAAGUAGAGAAGAAUGAAGAGUCAUAUCUCAUUCAGCUUGCUGGAAGGACUACCCCUAAAGGUCUUCAUUGCCUCUCCAUACGGUUGACAACUGAAUAUCUUUUACUUCAACCUGAGGAAAGACAAUUCCCUAACCAACAUAAAUUGCAAGAUCUAGAUUUUUAUCACUAUGCAGUGUUCUCUGACGAAAUUCUGGCUUGUGCAGUUGUUGUUAACUCCACAACUGCCUCUGCAAAGGAGCCGGAGAAAAUUGUUUUCCAUGUAGUGACCGAUUCUCUUAACCUUCCAGCAAUUUCAAUGUGGUUUUUAUUAAAUCCUCCUGGAAAAGCUACAAUUGAUGUCCAGAGCAUAGAAAAUUUUGAAUGGCUGUCAACAGAAUAUUCUUCAGCAUUGAAGGAACAAAAGUCCAAUGAUCCUAGAUAUACAUCUGCCCUUAGUCAUCUUCGGUUCUAUCUGGCAGACAUCUUUCCAGCACUGGAUAAGAUUGUGCUCUUUGAUCAUGAUGUGGUAGUGCAAAGAGAUUUAACUGGACUUUGGAGUGUUAACUUGAACGGAAAAGUACAUGCAGCAGUAGAGAGUUGUCAUGAAAGUGAAGCUUCAUUUCAUUCCAUGCAUUUGUUUAUGAACAUUUUAGAUCAAUUUUCAGCAAAGAGGCUUAAUGCUAGUGUUUGCACAUGGGCAUUUGGUAUGAAUUUUUUUAAUCUCCAAGAAUGGAGAAGACAAAAUUUAACCAACCUCUAUGGUGAUUACUUGCAACUGGGACUUAAGAGGCCAUUGUGGAAGACAAAGAGCUUGCCUUUAGAUUGGAUUACCUUUUACAACCAGACUGUAGCUUUAGAAAAGAGCUGGCAUGCAUUUGGGCUAGGUCAUAACUCAGGGCUUAGUCAAGGUGAUAUCGAGCAUGCAGCAGUCAUACACUAUGAUGGAAUCAUGAAACCCUGGUUGGAAAUAGGAAUUGCUGAAUAUAAAGGCUAUUGGAGCAAACAUGUGCAGUAUGACCAUCCUUACUUACAAGAGUGUAAUAUCCAUGAAUAAUUGAAGAUCAAGCAAACAAGUGGAAUUCUUUCAUUCAUUGGACCUCCCCAAAACUGCCCCAAAUCGUUUUUGUAAAUUUCAACUCAUUUUUUCCCACAACUUUCCCAGCCAUAAUCUUUUUGGGGAUUAGUUCAAUUUAUGGCAGUCCCCAAAGGGCAAUUAGUUUAUGCAGGGAGGCUCCAUUGCAGUUAUACAUUGUACAUUUCACUAAGUUUGAUUUUUUUUUCUUUUAUUUAUUUUUGGUAAAAAAAGAAGAAGGGAAAAAUGAUAUGGCCCUAUGGGAUUUUUUAAAAUUUAUUUUUUAUCUUUUCUACUUUUUCUUGUAAUUACAAAGUUUAAUUUCAAGUUUAGCCCAACUUAGCGUCAGGGUCAUUGUUCUUUGUUUAUAUACAGAUAACAUGACAGGUGGACGAAAUUUGGACGUAUGUAGAUAGGGUGUUAUGAAUGAACCCGUGGCUGUUGAACCAGGGAACCAAACCGAGCCUCCAUCCGAAACUGCUAGGGCUACGAGUCAAAGAAAGCUUCCUCCAAAAUUCUAGGAUUUUGUCAUGUAGACUACGACAGCAAGGGCAUAACGGCAGAAGGCUUAUGGCUGCAGCAUGCUUAUUGUCACUUGAAAUUUGUUUCUUUUUUCUCAUCUUUAUUCUCUGAGUGUACUGCCGGUUAUAUUCACUGGAAGAAAUUCAUCUUCAGCUUUCAUCAAUUUCUGCUCAUCUCAUUUUAGAAAUUAUUAGAUUCUAUUGUAGGAAUAUCUGUACACAACAUUGGUGGUUUCAUUGACCACCGACAGAUAUGGCAGAUGGUACCCGACUCAAGUUACUCGAUGAAAAUGUCAAAGCCAUCCAAGAAUCGCAUGCGCAGCUCCGCAAAGACGUUGAUAUGGUAUUACUAAAUCCUUUGCUUCUCAACACCAGAUGCUGUAAGAAAUCCUAACUUGUCUGCCAGUUGUUUCCACGGAUUCACCUCCCAAAACAGGGCCACAUAUCGCAUCUCUACCAACUGGUUCUUCCAUUGGCUCCCACAAACCCGUAUCGAUUCAGUUUGCCCGGUUUUCAGGUACGAAUCUGGAUCGCUGGGUUUUGCAGGCAGAACACUAUUUUACUUUUUACAAUAUCCAGGAACAGGAUAGGCUUACCAUUGCUUCAUUCUAUCUUGAUGAUGAUGUCGCGGAGUGGUUUGAUUGGAUGUAUCGAAACAAACAACUUUUCGGGUAGAUUCAUUUUACGACGGUCUUAUCAAGCGUUUCCGGUCUUGUGACCUGGAGUCACCUGAAGGACAGCUUGCCAAGCUGCAAUAGACUUCCAUGGUUCAGACUAUCGAGCACCGUUAGAGUUUGCGCCCAGCGCUAGUCGGAUAAACCGAAGAAUGUAUUUAGUGAACGCAGCUCUAAUUGGAUAAACCAACGAUAUUUGCACCUAGCGCUAGUUGGAUGAACCAACGAAUGUAUUUAGUGAGCCAAGCUUUAGUUGGAUAAACCAACGAUAUUUGCACCCAAUGCUAGUUGGAUAAAUUGACGAAUGUGCGCCCAGCACUAGUUAAAUAAACAAAUAUAAAUUGCGCCCAGCGCUAAUCGGAUAAACCGACGAUAUUAAAUGUGAGCCCAUAUCUAGUUGGUUUAACCAACAAAUUGACAUUA